CUCCCUCGGUUGACUGAUUAGUAUCAGAGGGGACAUGCUUCUUCCACUUCGCCUUGAUCACCUUUCUGGUGACCCUUUCUGCUGUAAAUAGAGCAGACCCUUUCUUAAAGAAAAGGGUGACUUCAGUUCUGGGAGAAAACCUGCUGUGAGGUGUGGGUCUUGUGACUCAGAUUCCCCCUCCUACGGUUCUGCUUCCCGCACCUGCAACCCUCCCGCCCACAGUUCCUGUUCAGGUCUGUGGUUAAGCCAAGAGACAUUUACUCAUGGGUCUCUUGAUUCCGUUUUGAGAAAUCUGGUUAAUGAGCUUCCCGUUCACUCAGGUUCCGUGUUCAAGCGGAAGGGGACUUUACGGGGAACGUACCUUUAUCCCGUCACAAUUUGAUAAAGCACCUCCUCCGACUUAAAAGCGCCUUUAAUGCCUCUCUUUGCUUCUUUGUUCUUGAUCACAUCACUGUUGUUUUUUUGUGUGUGCUGUGGUUCUCUUGAGGCUCUGCUAAAUGGUCCUGCUGGCCUUCGCUGGUCCGUUUACAGCACUGGUUCCAAAGCUGGGGUCUCCAGAUGCUCUUAGACUACAGCUCCCAGAAAUCCUGGCCGGAACAGCAAGCGGUGAAGGCUUCUGGGAGUUUUAAUCCAAGAACAUCUGGAGAUCCCAGGCUGGAAACCAUUGAUUUAGAGAUCUGGCCCUCAUUUCUAAUGUUCUCAUGGGUGGUCUGGUUUGGUCUCGGUCUCAUGUGAGCACUGCUACAGGGUAGUCCUGUGAAGUGUCACCCUAGGAAAAGUUACUGUUUUUGGACUGUGGAGGCCAGAAUCCUACAGCCGUCAUGGACACCUGGGAGUCCAAGAUAGGAACCUUUCUAUGCUCUGCACACUUGAAGACCAACAAUUAAUUGACACCCAUCCAACUGUGAAGUCAUGGUCUUUCCCAGUAGUUGCCUGUUCUAGAGGUUUCUAAUUCUGGUGCAUCCCCUUUGGAUUUUAACCCGCCUUUUAUAGGAAUUGUCCAAGAUGCUGAACCUAUUUUGGAUCCAGGGUUCAGCACCCUGGAUAGCUCUUGGGAAGCAUAGACUAAAAUCUGGCAUGGAUUCACAGCACCUCUGAAGUUGGAGUCACCAUGAAUACAGUCCCUGGUCUGUCCUAUGGAAUACUAGGAUUUGUAGUUUACUGAGAUCCCAGUAAGCAUUCUAAGUCCCUCAUCAAACUACAAGUCCCAGCAUUCUUUAGGAUGGAGCCACAGUUGGUGUGAAACUCUGCGAUUGUAUCAUGUAGAUACACCCCUCAUGACCUGGAUGAUUUCCUUGAUCUCCGUGGUCCAUGCGAGACCACAACAAGACCCCCUGAGAGAGUUAGCGGGUCUCUCAGCUGAUGGGGCAGAAUUUCCUCUGACAGAACAAUAUUGGAUGGCUCCCCAUAUAGUUAUCUCAUCCAGCAUCAUGCAGAUGGAGGAAAUCCACAGGCCAAACAUUUCCGAGAGAUGGCCGCCCAUCGUCCAGCAGGCGGAAAUGUUUGGAAAUCGAAAGAGAGUGGGAGGGGAGAAUUGUCCAUUGGAACACCUUUGUCUAGAUCCCAAUUUUUCCAAAGAUCUUAAUUAGGUAUUGGAGUAAGUGUCCUGAGUUAACUUCCCCUCUUGUGUAUAAUGAGUCACAGUCUCCCUUUCCUUGCUUAAUGGUUGUGGGGGCGAUUGAAGUCUUGCUGUUUUGCACGCUCUGAUUCCACAAUAACAGCCAUUUUGCCAAUUUGGAAAUGUGGGAGCAUUUCCUUUUUUGCAGACCGUGGUGCCAUUUUUGGUCUGGUUCCACCAUGCUGCAGAUCGUAGAAUCUUCUGCGGGCAUGUUGUCUUCCGUCUUUAAAUAAAAUCUUGGUCCCCUCCAGGGGCCGUGGCAGGAAAAGGUACUGCCGGUUAUCAAAGCCUGCAUUAAUUAAAUCCACAUCUAUUGGACUUUAUGCUAACUUUUAAACUGAAGAUGGUCUCGUGUUGAUCCUGAAUUGGGAGGGAGAGUUUUGACGGGAAGCAAGGAGCUCAUCGCUCAGUAUGAAAAUGCUGGGAUGGCCCAGAGCAGAAUACAUGGGUCCCUGCAAGCCAUAUUUUGAGGAUCAGUAGCCAAACUGGAGUACUUAUGCUGCACACACACACACCCCACCAUAGAUGGCUGCAUCUGUUGGUUUUGGUUUCUCCUACAUUCUCUUUCUCAAAUUGUAACUUAUUUGUCAUCCAGAUAUGGGAGAAAUGGUGGCAAUGGGCAAAAAUCCUUACCAAAAAUAGACCAAAAGGAAAUUAGCACCCGUUCGUAAUAUAGACAAAUAUUAAAACCAAAGGUUUUUGAAGGAUCAGACACUCCAUUAAAGAGAGCACAUCAUUAGAAGAGGACGUUUCUUAACUGCUGAUAGCAUCUGAGUAUCAGAGCAGGAGCUUUUGUUUCCUCCCAGAAUUUGCACAUUUUUUGCUGGUUUUGUUUUCCAGUUGGACACGGGACCCAAAAGCCAGCCUGAUGGCUGAGUCAUGAAGCUGUGCUGAAAUCGUGUCUUUGGAAAAAUAAUGGAUUCCAUCUUCUAAAGACGUGCUGUUAGUCAUUAGUGAUUUGAUCCUCAGUUGAGUUGAGAACAUGGACCGAGUGGUUAAAAAGUUACGUGUUGUGGAAAAGCCGGGCGGUAAAUACAUGAGUGGCUAUUGUUCAUUUCCCCACCUCACAGACUCCGUAUUCGAUCCCUUUAUCCACUCAGGUGAUGCAGCACGCCCGAUACCAAGCCUCUCAGCGCAUUGCGGUCUUCCUGAGCCUGCCGGAUGAAGUCCAGACGGCAGAAAUCAUUAAGGAUAUUUUUCAGCAAGGGAAAGAGUGUUUCAUUCCACGGUACCAGCCCCAGAGCAACCACAUGGACAUGGUGAAGUUGGCUUCCUACCAAGAAAUCUGUGAAUCGCACCCUGGCCCAACACAAAAGCUCAGUCGAGAGGGCCUUGGCGGUCAUUAUACGCACCGCACCCACCCAAUCGCCUUGAGACCGCUAGCUGGUUUGCCGGGCAUCCAUAACCUUUACAGCAGUAGAUUUCUGCUUCCUUCCUUUAAAAAAAAAGCAUAUUUUUGUUUAUUGGUGUGUCGUCACUGGCGUCCUUAUGUUUCCUGCAGAUUCAAAUCAUCCAUCCUUCUACCUUGGGGAGUUGUCAGCCUCCAAGGUUCCAGUCGCUAUUUCUCCCUGGCCCUGAGCAUGCAUAAAGGAACAAGAAACACUGAUAUUUCUCUCUCUCUCUCUGUGUUUCCUUCUACAGAAGGGCUCGAUCUCAUCCUUAUGCCAGGUCUCGGUUUUGACAGAACCGGCAACAGGCUGGGAAGAGGAAAGGGCUACUACGACGCCUACCUCAGCCGGUGCCUGCAACACCCCAAAGGAAAGCCUUACACCAUCGCCCUAGCGUUCAAGGAACAAAUGUGCGAGUCAGUUCCAGUCUCUGAAAAUGAUAUCAAAGUGGACGAAGUCCUGUUUGAAGAGAACAAAACCCAACAUUGACCAACAGCGGUGAUAGCCGGCAUUAACAAAGCAGUAACACCUUCGAGAAUACAAAGGAGUAACAUUUUUUCAAAAACCCUGAUGAUUUCUUGAGUCUCCGUAGGGUUGAUUCACCUGUGCUCCUUUGACACCAAACAGCUGUGCUAUCAAGCCCUGUUUUGAAUGGGUGAAGGGGCUUCAUGGGAGACUUUGCAUCAACAGAGUUAAGUUCUAGUUGCUGCUCCAGAAAUGUUGUUUUCUUCUUAAAGUAAUGAGGCAUCCUUUCUACAUCUUACGGAAUUAAUCGCUAGCAAAUGCAUUUAUUAAUCCGACAUGACUGGAAGUUUGACAGUGUGUUUGUUUCUCCUGGAAAGCUUCUCUCUUUUUCUAUUUCAUAAAAUUUAUCUCCACCGUU